AUGUCUAGAAGAAGGAUUCAUGGAGAUGAUCUACUUGACCUCCCAGAUGGAGAGUUAUUUAAAAAAUCCUUGAAACUGUUUCAGCAACUGGUUGACAAAACAGUGGAUCAGAAAAGGGAGGAAAGAUUAGGUCUGCGUGUAAAGGAUUCUGAUGAAGUGGAUUAUGACAAAUUCUUUGAUGCAGUAAAGUGUCUUUUUGGACCAGAUGUAAAAGCCCAAGAUGUUAAAACUUUCUAUAGGAAGAUUAGCAACAACCCAGAUGCACGGACAGAAUGGUGUGAGAUCUUUGGAUACUACAUGGUGGAAGGUGAUAUUCUUGCUGCCCAGCUGGAUGAAGAAAAUAUGGUUUUCCUGAUAUCCAAAAAGCAACGGAUUGCAAAAACAGGAGUCAAGAGAAGUGAUGUAAUUCGAUGCAUGGUAAAGAUAACUCAACUUGAUUUUUUGCUAACAGCAUCUCAGAAAGGAAUGUUGUCUAUUUUUUCUGGCCAGAUGCGAAUACUAGCAAGCACCAGCAUCCCUGACAGUUCCUGGAUCACUGGAUGUGACUACCUUGGUCAAUUGAAGCGUGCUGUUGGUGUGACAGAAAGAACUAUCAUCAUAUGGGAUUAUAAAACACAAGGGAGUGCCCUGGAUAACUGCUGUAUAAUCAAACCCAUGGAACAUUGCCUCCUUUCUGUUUCUGCCAUUCCUCGGCCAUCAGAAAUUCUAGUGAAGGAUGACAUCUUGCUGGGGGAUGAUGGUGGAUUUGUUACUUUGUUUACACUUACCAGUGACGACUUUGGUCUAAAACAAACUAAAUCUAAAAAGAUGUUGCACAUGUUGAUAAUAGAUUCUAAGAACUUCAAAAGCGUUAGACGUAAACUGCAUGAUGACUGGGUUUUAAAAGUAAAAUACAUUCCAGCUUUGAAUUGUUUUGGAUCCUGUUCAUUGGAUAGCAUUCAUUCAUUGGUUUUGGAUGACCUGAAAAGAAUUGAAGACAAUUUACCUGUCCGGGAAUUUUCAAUCCCGAGAGGUGUUAACACUUUCACGUAUUGUGUAAAAGCCAAUAUCGUCGUUACAGGAGGAGAAGACAAAAUUAUUCGUUUAUGGCAUCCAAACAUCAACACCAAACCAGUGGGGAAAUUGAUGGGACAUUUAUUUAGUAUUGUAGAGAUUGUCACCAAUGAAAAGGAUCAACACAUUAUCACCCUUUCUACUGCAAAGAUUUUCAGAGUGUGGGAUAUCCAGACGCUUUCAUUGAUGCAAGUGUUCCAUGACGUUCAAGGGGCACGCAGAGAGUCACAAAUUUUUGCUAUGGUAUUUGAUAAUACCCACGGAACACUUAUUGCAGGAUCGACAGUCAUCGAUAUUUAUCCUCUCACUCGGAUGAUACAAGACACGAAACAAGUUCCCCAGUCCCAUGAAAGGAGCAUCAGUGUGCUGGUUUACAAUAAAGUUUUUCACCAAGUUCUAAGUAUCUGCUCUGAGUCUAUUGUAAAGGUGAGGACUGUGAAAUUAUGGGAUUUUGGAAGUGGACAGAUUCUUAAAAUGUUGCCCUUGGGCAGGGAAAUCACGGUCAAUGAACAUUGGCUGAUGCAGAUGGUCUACCUGAAAGCCAGUGAGAGUAAGCAUGUGGUCCUGGUCUUGGAGUACAGUGGGCUGAUCAAAAUUGUUCAGGCUAAUCAAGGUGAAGUUUACAUGUCUAUAACUUGGGAACUUCCUGAAGCUGUGUCGUUUGCUUUACAAGGCUAUCCACUCAUUUCCCUAAAACUAUCUCCCAAUGUCAAAAAAAAUAAUGAAUUUUUCCCAGACGUUCAACUACUGCUUGAUCCAGAUCUCACAAAAACAAAUGUAGAGCUACCUCCUAAGAUUGAAGUGAAGUGCUUUGAUUUGUUAAAAGUAGAAGGUUACAGUUUGUUAGCUACUGCAAGUGCAAAUGGUUCUAUCAUCAUAUGGGAUUUUGAAACUGCCACAGCCAGACAUAUGUUUAAAACUCAGAAUGCUAUUCAUGCAGAUAGACCUGGAUUACUUAAAACCAACUGCUUACUAUUCCUGUAUCAAGAUGUUAUCACUGAGAGCAGUGUUAAUUCAGAGUGCAAAAAAGGACAAAAAACAAAUAACGUUAUAAGAGACACGGUUGGUACAACUCUUUCAGAUACUUCCAUAAUCAAAGGAGCAAUACCCAAUGUAUUGUCAGUUGGAAAAAAUGCUUAUUGUACUAUACCCAUACUUGCCUCAGCACAUGAAAAUGGUUUCAUUUAUCUAUGGAGCAUUACGGGAGAUCUACUAAAAGAAAUUCUACCUUACACAAAACAUGCUCCAAUUCCUUUGACAGCACUUUGUAUUGAUGGGGCUGCCAAAAUGCUUUUUGCUGCUAAUAAAGAGGGAAAUGUUAUUCGAUGGAAUAUUGGCUCAUUCCUGGAAAAUCAAAAAGAUCCAAGCAGGAAGGACAGGCAAGUAAAGCAACAAAUGUGUUGGCGGGCUCAUUCUGCUAAAAUAAUCAGCCUGUUUUGUGAUGCUGAAAAAUGCCUAGUGGUGACUGCAUCCACGGAUGGUUCUGUCAGACUUUGGCAUUCAAUUCGUGGAGUUUACUUUGGCUAUUUUGGACAGCGCAGAUUGUUUGAAAUUACUGAAUCCUCCGAUAUAAUUUUGCCUUGUGAUGUAAAUGAAAUUCCAUUCACAAUAAAAGAAGAAUACAAGUUUAUGGAUAAAAAGCAGAAGUUUGGAUACCCUCUGUUUUUUGACAGGGAAAGAUGGAAGUCUCUGACCAGGUCAUCUUUAAAGUUGAAAAAGCCUAGCCGACAUGAUGUUGAUCUGGAUUUUAAGUUUUUCAAGUCCCUGGCUUCUCCCAAGGUGAAUAAAACCCCUUUGGAAAGUUUCAAAUCUGGAAACAAAGACGCUGGUUUUGUAUUUGGAGCUAUACCAAUCUAUAGGGUGAGUUCAAAGUAAUCUGCUUAAAUGGAAGCUUCAUAAAGACAAUAUUAAAAUUAAGCUAUGCUUAAUUAAGCUAUUAUGAAUGUUAUUCUCUGUGAAUUUGCCAGUAUUUAUUUAUAAAGUAUUUGUAAUACUUGA